ACUCGUUCUGCGGUCAGAGUCAGAACGGCCUAGGCGCUAGCGAUAAGCCCCGCCCACCGCGCGCGCGCCGCGGCACCGUACCGGGAUGGGCGCCAUAGGCAUCGUCGUCAGAGCGUGCGCGCCUCUCGCUCCCGCCGCCGCGGCCGCGCCGGCACCCUCCGGCUCCAGCUCCAGGGACGCCGCUCAGGCCCAGCGGUGGAGCAAGCCCACGAGGACCGGCCGCGUGCUCGUGCUCGGCGGCACUGGCCGUGUCGGAGGAUCCACGGCCACCGCACUCUCCAAACUCCGCCCUGACCUCGGCAUCCUCGUCGGUGGCAGAAACCGCUUUGACAGGGAGAAAGGCGAGUCCAUUGCAGCCAAGCUUGGGGGCCAAUCUGAGUUCGUCCAGGUCGACACCCGCAACGCAGGCAUGUUGGAGGAAGCGCUGCAGGGUGUGGAUUUGGUUGUCCAUACUGCUGGACCUUUCCAGAGGGCGGAGGAGUGCACCGUAUUGCAGGCGGCGAUAUCUACUAAGACACCAUACAUUGAUGUCUGCGAUGACACGGACUAUUCUUGGAGAGCAAAGGGCUUCCAUGAGCAAGCAAAAGCUGCCGGUGUUCCAGCUAUUACUACUGCUGGCAUCUAUCCAGGAGUUAGCAAUGUGAUGGCUGCUGAGCUUGUACAUGCUGCCAGAAGUGAAAAUGGCGAACCUGAAAGACUAAGAUUCUUCUACUAUACUGCAGGUACUGGUGGUGCUGGUCCAACAAUUCUGACAACAAGUUUUCUACUUCUUGGGGAGGAUGUGAUUGCAUAUAACAAGGGAGAAGAAAUCAAAUUGAAGCCCUAUAGUGGAGCUCUGAACAUUGAUUUUGGAAAGGGGGUCAGAAAGAAAAAUGUCUACUUAUUGAAUUUGCCUGAAGUCAAGAGUGCUUUCAAGAUAUUAGGUGUGCCAACUGUUAGUGCUCGAUUUGGUACUGCUCCUUUCUUCUGGAAUUGGGGAAUGCAGGCUUUCGCAAACUUUUUACCUGUUGAGUUCUUGAGGGAUAGAAAUAAAGUUCAGAAGUUGGUUCAGUCUGUUGAUCCUUUGGUUCGAGCCGUUGAUGGUAUUGCAGGAGAGCAUGUCUCUAUGAGAGUAGAUUUGGACUGCUCAAAUGGUCGGAAUACUAUUGGAUUAUUUACUCAUAAAAAACUAUCUGUAUCGGUGGGAUUUGCAACCGCUGCAUUUGCUUUAGCAGUUCUUGAGGGCAACACACAACCAGGAGUUUGGUUUCCGGAAGAGCCGGAGGGAAUACGGAUAGAAGCAAGGAAGCUGCUUCUUGAGCGUGCAUCUCAAGGGACAAGUACCUUCGUGAUGAACAAGCCUUCCUGGAUGGUAGAAACUGAUCCGAAGGAAGUCGGCCUAGGAAUUUUUGUGUGAGAAGAUCGAGUUGCUUAAAUUAUUGGGGUGCUUGAAAAGGGCAGCUAAAUCUUGGGAGUAGUUUACCAUCCGCGAGAAGUUGAAUGCGGCAACCAGCAGCAUGUUGAAGUCCUUGCGCUAUUUUGUUUUUGAAAGGGUUGUAUAUGAACCAUGAUGAUUAUGAAGAAAAAGAAUACAGGUCAGUUACACGAUUUUGUUCAC